AUGCCUUCAACACCAUGCUGCAGGACCUGCGAUCAUCGCAAUCACGCCGUUCGCACUUCGCAAUCAGCGCCUUCGCUUGUCGAUUUGUGCCUUGUUGCACUUACCUUCAAGGAGGAUAUCUCACACCAUACGAGAGCUUACGCCGCUUUGAACACCUUUCUGAAUGACAUCAUUGAUGCAGCCGACUCUUCAUCACACCCUUCAGCAUUCACAUCAUGGUCUCCAUGUUUGUUAGAUCCCAGGACCGCCUUGGUUAUCACGACAGCGAGUGAGACGUGUUCACACGCAACAUCGCCCAUCUACAAUGAGAUUCUUACUUGUCUCGUAUGCCAGCCAAGCAUACACCACAUCUAUCUAGACUACUCUAUUCUAUCACUCGCUGCAUCAUCAUCGGAGCAGAUGAUACCUUGCGAGAUCAUGGCGCUGAAAGCACCUACUUCCGGUAUCGCCGCAGCAAUCGGCAAGCACUUUGGUUGGGAGCCUAAGCGCUCGUCUCUGUCCUCGCAUAUGCAGAUUACAGCAUCAGCAGCUUUCAGUCGACCAGGCGAUCUGAUCAAGGACUUUUGGGCAUGGGCGGAGCUACCCCAUGAUGGCUCGGUAUCGCGCUCCAGCUCCCUUGGAUCAAGCAGUACACACUUACCACCAACACUAAUGAGCACGAACUCCGAUGAGAAGAACAUGUCGCUUUAUUUUCCUGAAGACGAGGAUGAGGAUUGGCAUAAGACGGACGACGAGUCUUUGAUCAUGAUAUUCCAAUGGCACGACCAUGCAGCUGCAGAUCGAUUCAAACACCCUCUUCAAAAAAGUUACGGACCCAACGGCGAAGCGGUCAGGAGUGAAUUAUGGGACGAGCAAGUUGCACACCCAGUACGACACUUCCAAGGGCUUGUCGAGAGUGCGGGCAAGCUCGAAAUCUGCGGGCAGGGACAGGAGUGGAAGUAA